AUGCGGGCAAGUGGCGACAGAAUGUUUACAGAGAGCCACUCGGGUUAUUUCAACAAGCCGAGCUGCAUCGAUGCUCUGUACUUCGCCGCUGAUGUUUUUAAACAUGGCCGCCCCGAACUCAUCAGGCGGGGCGUUUUAAACUCGCGUGAAAACGAAGUAAUCCUUCACUCGCGCACGCCGAAGCGCGACGGCGACCGAUGCAAUAAGAAAAAGAGCGCGUUCUAUUUUCAAAUUGCAGCGGGGACGAUGUCCCCAAGAUGGCACCCGGCGGUGUCCGUUGUAGGACAGAACUUCGGGCUU